AUGUCUAGCAGCAUGCAAGACGACGAGGCAAACCCCUCAAGAUCAUCCAUCAAUGUCUCCCAACCCAAACCCAACGUCUUCAAAACCGUAUGGCGCAACAACAAAGGCGUGUUUCUGAUUUUGCUCGCCCAAGCCACGGGGUCUACUAUGGAUGCCAUUGUCCGAUUUUUGCAACAGGGAGGACGUGGGAUGCAUCCUUUCCAGGUCAUUUUUGCGAGGAUGAGUAUUACGGCUUUGCUGAGUACUGUAUACAUGUGGUACACCAAAGUUCCUGAUUUUCCGCUGGGGGCACCUGCUGUUAGGGGUUGGUUGAUCUUGCGGGCAUUGGCUGGGUUCUUUGAUUCGGUACAUUAUUUGCCUCUGGCCGAAGCGACGGUCUUCCGCUUCUUGGUUCCUAUCAUUACAGCAUGGGCCUGUUCUGUCUUCCUCGGACAGUCAUUCAGCAGGACCGAGUUCUUAGCUGGAGUCAUCGCUUUACUAGGAGUAGUCAUUAUCGCCCACCCAGCAGCCAUCUUCGGCAGAGUAAACGACGACAUCAAGAUCCCUCACCAACCCAACAAGAUCGACAAAGUAUCAGCCUCACAACGUCUGCUUGCCAUUUUAGUUUCUGUGAUUGGAGUUUUGGGCGCUUCUGCCGCAUACACUUUAAUCCGCGUCAUUGGCUCUCGCGCCCAUGCCCUCAUCUCUGUAAACUACUUUGCUCUAAUCAGCAGUAUUGGCUCUGCAGGGUUUGUGUUGCAGUUCUUGCUUACUGCUGGUUUGCAGCUAGACAGAACUAGCAAGGCGACUAGUAUGUUGUAUACAGGCAUUUUGUUUGCGCUGGCUUUUGAUUGGGCCAUUUGGGGCGUUUUCCCGGGCUUUUGGUCUUGUGUUGGUGGUGCUGUUGUUAUUGCUAGUACGCUUUGGUCUGCGUUGCAGAAGUCCAAGGGGGCUUCUCAGAGUGCUGUGACUAAAAAGGAAGUUGUUGAUGAGGAGAGCGCUCUUCUCGGGGCGCAGACUGAGGGCAGUGAGGACGCAGCUCGGGCAGGAGCGACUCGAGACUCUGCUUGA